AUGACUGAAAGACCUCAGGUCGAUCCCAACCUGGAUAGAUUUUCAACGUGGUAUUCUACCUACCAUGGCUAUGUCAGUUUGUGUGUUUGUAUGUCUGGAAUAUUACUCAAUAUAUUUAAUGUGACUGUUUUAACACGUAAACACAUGCACACACCUGUCAAUCAUAUCUUAACAGGACUAGCUAUCUCGGAUAUAAUUACAAUGUUAUCGUAUGUACCGUUUGCAGUACAUUUUUACUGCAUGCAUCCGACAGAAGCUGGCACUCCAGAGAAAAACAGCAUAUAUUGGAUGACAUUUCUAUUGUUCCAUAUAAAUCUGACAACCGUUACGCAUACAAUAUCGAUAUGGCUAUGCGUCUCUUUAUCAAUUAUUAGAUUCUUACAUAUCCGUUCUCCAACACGAGCUCGCGUAGUUCGUCUUGCACGUAUGAGACAAUCAAAAUAUCUAGUUGUUUUGGUAUACUUUACAUCAGUGAUAGUCAUGAUACCAAAUUAUUUAACUAACGAGCUAAAGCCUGCUCACGUUUCUACCAACGAAACAAAUUCGACCAUAUUUGUGUUAGAAAACUUACGUCUUGGUCGUAAUGAUACUACGCCUUUAGUGUUAAUAAAUGUGUGGCUGUACGCUAUAGUGGCCAAAUUAACACCGUGUUUGUUAAUUACAGUCUUUGGAUGUAUGUUAUUGUAUCAAAUGCAGGUCCAAGUGAAACGAAGACGGAGUAUCAUAGCUAAAUUCAGUGGUACAAGUGGCAUUAAAUUAAAGGAACAUUCUCGAACUACGAAAAUGCUGAUAUCUGUGAUUGUUCUAUUUAUUGUAACAGAAUUCCCUCAAGGAAUUUUGAUAGUGCUUAGUGCGUGUAAAGCGAAUUUUUUUGAAACGGUGUACUUGCCUCUUGGGGAUAUUAUGGAUAUUGUUGCCUUAGUGAAUAAUGCUGUGAAUUUUGUUUUGUAUUGUACAAUGAGUACCAAAUUUCGUGAAACCUUUCUUCGACAAUAUUGUACCAUGCCAAAAUUUCCAAAAACAGAAAAUGGAUUUACACUGCGUGAAAAAUUAGAUUCCUAUAGUAAUAACAACCAAGUGUAG